GAAAGUGAGGGAGAGCCGCUCUUUCCUCUGCGCUCGAUGGUGACGCGGUCGGCUAGCCGGUAGUCUGGGAGCCCUUCGCUGCGGAGUCGGCGCGCGAAAACUAUUUGGAGAUUAUGGAUGCUAAGCCCGAACCUGGACCCCUCAGUGAGAGUUCAGAACUUCUUUUCUCCUUUGGAGUUAUAGCAGAUAUUCAGUAUGCUGAUUUGGAAGAUGGCUAUAAUUUCCAAGGAAGCAGACGGAGAUACUACAGACACAGUCUUCUUCACUUACAGGGUGCUAUCGAACACUGGAAUAAAGAAAGCAGCCCACCCAGUUGUGUACUUCAGCUUGGAGACAUCAUCGAUGGAUAUAAUGCACAGUAUCAAGCAUCAGAAAAGUCACUAGAACUCAUCAUGAACACAUUCCAAAGGCUGAAAGUCCCAGUUCAUCACACGUGGGGAAAUCAUGAAUUCUAUAACUUCAGCAGAGACUAUUUAACAAACUCCAAACUUAACACAAAGUUUCUGGAGGACCAGAUUGCCCAUCAUCCUGAGACUGUGCCUUCAGAGAAUUAUUAUGCUUACCACUUUGUACCGUUCCCUAAAUUCCGGUUCAUUUUACUCGAUGCUUAUGACAUGAGUGUCUUGGGCGUGGAUCCGUCUUCUCCAAAAUACCAGCAGUGUCUGAAGAUACUGAGGGAGCACAACCCAAAUGCGGAAUUGAAUAGUCCUCAAGGACUUGCUGAGCCCCAGUUUGUCCAGUUUAAUGGAGGAUUCAGCCAAGAACAGCUGAACUGGCUGAAUGAAGUUCUUACAUUCUCUGACAGAAACCAAGAAAAGGUGGUGAUUGUGAGCCAUCUUCCCAUUUAUCCCGAGGCCUCUGACAGUGUGUGCCUGGCCUGGAAUUACAGAGACGCCCUGGCAGUCAUUUGGUCUCACAAGUGUGUGGUGUGUUUCUUCGCCGGUCACACUCACGAUGGUGGCUACUCUGAGGAUCCUUUUGGUGUGCACCACGUCAACAUAGAAGGGGUUAUUGAAACGGCUCCAGACAGCCAGGCCUUUGGCACAGUUCAUGUCUAUCCUGACAAAAUGGUGCUGAAAGGGAGGGGCAGAGUUCCAGACAGAAUUAUGAAUUACAAGAAGGAAAAAGCUCUCCAUUUUUAGUGUGAUUUUAUUUGUUUACUUUUAUAGAAAGAGACUGACUUGGCUUUGUGGGUUUGUUCCGCCUUCCUCUCCCCACAUCCUGAGUCUCAUUGUUUAGUAUUCUGUUUGCAUAACAAAUGGCCAUAACUGACUUCAGUGUGUGUUAGCUCGUAAGAUAUUCUGAAAUGUCAUUUUUGGAUAAUAUAUCCCGUGUUGAAAACUGGAAAGGAAAUGAAUGAAAGUAGCAUGAAUAAACCAGGGAGGAGACUGAGGUGGGGGGGAUACAGUCCUCCAAACAGAUUCUAUUUAGCCUUACCUGAGGUUUUUUUACUUUUUACAAGGAGAAUGUAUUCAUUCACUGUAUUAGCUAUGUAAGUUAAAAUUCAUAAUAAAAAAGAAAUAAAAUAAGCUCAGGUAAACUUUUUCCAUUUACCCAGUUGUGUGAAUGAGCUUUAGACAUUUUAUGCUUAGAGUACCCAUCAUAUUUGUACUUUUAUAGGUUUAUACUCCUGUUUCGUAAGCCAAAAGCAUCACUAGUUACUUCACAGGUGAACGAAUAGCACCCCCAUUCACACAGGUGAAUGUGUGGUCUCCCUUGUGAACCUCUUGUGAGUGCAGCCAAAUCAGGACCGAGUGCCAGUGCAGCUGUGUGCCUGCCAGCAUGUCUGUUUGGGCCCCCAGCUGGUGCUAUAGGAGACUAUCGUAGGUAGAUGAAUUUACCCUUGACUCCCUUUAUAGACAAACGGGGCAUGUUUAACUCAGCUGUCAUAUAUUCUAAGACUUAUUUGCAGAAACACUUACUCAGUGGCAAAUGGGGACUGUUCAAGUGUAGAAAAAGUUUGAUUCAGGGCCUGAAAAACAGGAAGACAAAAAACCAGUACUAGUCAACGUAAGUGUGUCUGCUGAGUAUCGAAGCAUUGUGGGACUGCAGAGGCGUAUCAGUUUCCGCUGGCUGCUGUAACAAAUUACCACAAACUUGGUGGCUUAAACAACAUAUAUUUGUUCUCUUACAGUUCUGGAGGUCAUAAGUCUGAAAUUGUCGUCACUGGGCUGAGAUCAAGGUGUUAUCAGGGCCAUGCUCUCUCGGAGGCAGAAUCGGUUUCCUUGCCUUUUCCAGCUUCUAGAGCUGCAUCUCUUGCAUGUCUUGGCUUAUGGCCCCUUCCUCCAUCUGCAAAGCUAGCAAUGCAGCUUUUUCCAGUCUCUUGCUGCUUUGUUGUCACAAUGCCUUUCUCCCCUUCCGUCUGUAGUCAAAUAUCCCUGUGCCUCCCUCUUAUAUUGUAAUUACAUUGAGGGCCCACCCAGAUAAUCCAGGAUAAUCUUCCCAUCUCAAGAUCCUUAAUCACAUCUGGGAAGUCUAUUUUGUGAUGUAAGGUAACAUUCAAAGGUUCUGGGGAUUAGGACCUGGAUACCUUUGAGGGUCAUUAUUCAGCCACUGACGUGACUAUAAUGCACUCCCUGCCUUCACUGACUUUCCACAAGUGAGAGAGAGAAACAACCCUGCAUACAAAUGUCUGAAGAAAGGACAGUGGCAACAUGGAGGAGGGAUUUAAUUUUGUUUGAAGGGAAUAGGGAUGACUUGAAGAAGGAAGAAAAAUGGUUUAAAUAGGUGUGCAGGUGCAUUUCAUGUAGACAGAACAGCGUAGCAUCAUAGGAUAUGCUGAGUUCAGGAACUGCAAGUAAUGCUAUGAGGAUUCACCAAACAGCGCUGGGGGAUGGCAGGCGGUAAAGCGGGAAAGGACAAGCUAGGGCUACGUGGUGAAGAGCCCUGAGUGACGAGCCAGAGUUAGAACUAAACUUGUCAGGCAGUGAGGAACCCUCCGGUGUCUGAGCUGGGGAAUGUGUAAGGAAAUUUGUGUCAAUUCCAGGCAGUGGAUAAUGAGAGGCUGAUAUAGGAGAAUGACAAUGGGGAGAAAAAAGAUUGUGAGGGUGGGAGGACAGAGAUUUUGACAAUAGAACUAUUAAACUUACUAAUAAUACUUAAAUUCAAUUGAAAAAUAGAGUUGAAAAGCAAUUUCAGUAAUACUGUUCAAAAGGCAGUACUUUACCAAGUUACUGCCUUUUACAUGCUUCUGGAGAUACGAAAGGAACUGUGUAUAUUCACAAAAUUCAUAGUGUUAUAUGGGAGAUGCAAAUAUGAUGAAAGUGUAUUUUGAACAUUACUUUAAAAAAAAUUGAAACAUUACAGUCUUUUAAGCACAGAAUCAGGCAUUACUUGGAGGAUGGGUAGGUCCUAUAUAGAAUUUGGAAAUAAAUCUGUUUCUUCAUGUCUGACUAAUAGUUAUACUAACGGAGGUAUAAAAACCAUAAAUAUACCAGAAAACUGAAAUCCUUUAUUUGUAUUUCACUGACCCUUAAAAUAAAUUUUACUUUAAUUGCUUUAAUAUCAACUAGAUUUUUUUUUCUUUACCCUCUAAAUCUUGAUAGAGAAUUUCUGACUAUCCAGUGGCCAUUAUGUAAAACAAAAAACAUGCCUAUCUCCUUUAACAAAUAUUUAUAAAAUACUUAAUAUCGUAUUAAAGGCUAUAAAAAGAGGCAAACUACCAGACUCAUUUUCACUCUACUAAUACUUCUUGAGUCAAAUAUUUCCUAAAUCUCAUGAAACUGUCUCCACUAUGGAGUUUGAUGCUAGCAUAUGUAAAAGAGUUGCCGUCCAGAUGCUCUAAGACAGCACUGACCAACAGAAAUAUAAUGUGAGCCACAUAAGUAAUUUGAAAUAUUUUAGCAGUCACAUUUUAAAAAGUAAAUAGAAAUAGAUAAAAUUAAUUUUAAUUAUGUAUUUUAUUUACCCCAAUACAUCUAAUAUAUUAUUUUAACAUGUAAUCAAUAUAAAAAUAUUUUACAUUCUUUUUUAUACUAAGUCUGUAAAAUCUAGUGUAUAUUUUAUACUUAUAAUCCAUCCAUUUGGACACUAAAUUUUCAUUGGAAAUACUUGGUCCAUAUUUAGAUAUAAAAUUUGCAGCUGAAGAAGUAGAUUCACAUAUCCAAGUUGUUCCAAACAUACUUAAAACAAGUGUUCCAAACACACUUAUAAGUUUUCUCAUAACUGAAUUGAUGUUUUUAAAUAAAAAUGAAAAAAUUCAAACUUCUUCAGUGUACAUUUCAAGUGCUCAAUACAACAUGCAGCUAGUGGCCACCAGACUGCACAGCUCUGAAAUGGUCUUCUCUACAGGGCUACUUUUGACAUUAAAAAUAUGUGUCUAGAUUUUGGUCUUAUUUUUCAUUUAAAAUGUAAUUAAUAUUCUCUCUCUCCUUCUUUUUGGUCCCACAUUCCUUUAUUCUAGCUAACUUUCUUUCCAAGACAUGCUUGUUCACUUGGUUCAUCUGGAGUCCUCAUUUAAUUCAUGGCACUGUACCAGUUCAGUAUACUGAGGUUAGUUCAGGGGUACAGCCCUCUCCUGAACUCUUUCUAUCAUUAUCCAAACUCUGCUUCCCUCUAUGUUAUCAGGUGCAGCCCUUUGUCAGCUCUUUAUAUUUUGAAUGCUCUCAUAUUAUCUCGGUUAUAAACCUUGCAACUGUAUAAAUAAGUAGGAGGUCUGGUAGUAACCCUAUUUUAUAGAUAAAGAAUUAUCCAUGGGAGGUUUACACAUUUGCCCAAGUCACAUGGAUAGUGACGUAGCUGAGUUAGAAUUCAUAUUUCUGAACUUUUGUAUUUUGCCUUUUCCACUACACUGUGACACAACAGAACGUCAGACUCCUUUUCUUACUAGUCCCUUCCAGUCCUGUGUUGUAGGCAGCCUAACUUAGGAUUUUUAAAAAAAAUCAUCUCUAGUAUUAACUCAAAUUACCUGAAAUAAAUUCCUAGGAAACUGGCAUGUUACAAUCAUGUUUACAAAAAAUUGUAAACUCUCAUUUUAAGAACAGGAUUCUUCAUUUAAAUUACUGUCUUGCAGUGAGUUGGCCAGGAGGACCGCAUCUCCUUGUUUAUAUAUAUAUAGACCCAUGAGAUAAAUGGGAAAAGAGCAACUAUGAUAGCAAUAGCCAACUGAAUUCUUCCACCAACUGGAUUCCUAUAAAGACACACAAAAAUUAUUAUAAAUAACAAUCCAAUAAAAAUUAUGAAUUGCUUUGGUAACGAAUAUGAAGAUUGAUUUUACUAAAACACAUCAUUACAUUUUUGUACGGUCUUUUUAAUUUUUUAAAUUGAAAUAUAAUUCUUAUAUUUCAUAUAAGAAUUAUAUAAGAAAUAUAAUUCUGCAUUUCAGUGACCUCAGUUGAAGGUCAUUGAUAAAGCAAUGUUAAAAUGGAUCUUUACAUAAUGAUUUUUGUGUCCUGUUUAAGAAAACUUUUCUUCCCCAAGGUCUUAAGGAUACUAGAUUAUCUUCUCUAAAAGUUUUAUUGUUUUGCUUUUCACAUUAGAUCUAUAAUCCACCUAGAAUUGAUUUUUAUGAAAGUUUUAAGGUGUAGGGGUUGUUUCACUUUUUUCCAUAUGGAUAUUCAAUUGCUCCAGCACUAUUUAUUGAAAAGAUUGCCUUCCUUUGCUACCCUGGAGUGCCACCAUUGUCCUAAGUAAAGGCCAUAUACAUACAUACAUACAUAUAUAUAUAUAUAUAUAUAUAUAUAUAUAUAUAUAUAUAGAUCUGUUUCUAGAUUCUAUUGUUUCAUUCAUUUAUUUUUCCAGUAUGGGUUUAUCUUAUACUGCCAUAGGAUAAUUAUUUAGGUGUUCUUUAUUUUAAUAUUGAGGUCUUUAAUUUCUCCCAUAAUGUUUUAUAGUUUUGUAUGCAGAGAUUUUGCACAUCUCUGCUAGAUUUAUUCCUGGGGAGUUGAUUUUUUGAUGCUAUAAAUGAUAACUUUUUGUUUUUAUCAUUUUCUGUUACUUGCUGAUAAAAAUAGUUGAUUUUAGUAUAUUGACCUAGUAUACAGCCAUCAUGCUAAACUCACUUAUUUGAAUAACUUUUUAGAUGUUUAGAAAUUUUCUACAUAUGUGAUUUUGUCAUCUGUGAAUAAGGAAAAUUUAAUUUUGCCUUUCCAAUCCUUGGGGGCUUUUAUUUCUUUUUCUCGCCUUACUGUACUGGCUAGGACAAGAGAUAGAACAGUGUUGAGUAGAACUAGUGGCAACAGUGGCUACUUCUCAUUCCUGAUCUCAGAGGAAAAGUUUUCAGCUGCUCACCAUUAAGUAUCAUGCUGUGGUAUAGAUACCCUUUAACAGGGUAAGUUCCUUUUUAAAUCAAUUUUUAUGAGCUUUUAUCAUGAAUGGAUGUUGAAUUUUAUCAAAUGCUCUUUUUGUAUAGGCUGAGAAGAUAGUUUAUUUUCUUCUUUCAUUCUGUUAAUGUAGUGAAAAACACUGGUUGGUUUCCAAAUGUUGAACUAACUGUAUUCCUAGAAUAAACACAACUUGGUGGCUGGGUCA